GUUCUGGAGCCAAACUGUUGGGAGCAUCCCUGAGCACCUGCAUUUGCAUGCCAGUCUGUCCGAGACCACUGGCAGCUCUGGAGGUGUUGGCGCUGCUCGCCACCUUUCACCCUGUUCUGCAGCUAACUUCGGACACAAGGGCACGAGUCCUCUGGGGCUUGUGAGUCCCCAGAAGGACUGGUCAGCGUUCCAGGGCCCUGGCCCAACGCCUGCAAACUGCCCUCAGCCUCUUAAGUACCGCUUCUUCCAGAGGUGGUAGGGAAGAGCAAGACUAAUGAGCCGGGACCCCAGGACCCAAAGCCCACCCAGCCUCCCGCAAACAAGCGCCUGAGCGUGACGGGCCAGAGGUUGGGGAAGCCAGGCUCCCAACUCUUGGUGCAGCCUCCGGGGUAAGGCUCCCGUGGGCUUCAGGCGUCGUCUCCGCUCUUGCAGUCUUUGCCUCUCUGCUCUGCUGCCGGCUUCCACUCCCCAAGCCCCGCGGAUCCUCAGCCUUCCCAGCUGCACUCUCACCCUGUGCUCCGAGUCCUCAGUCUCGCCGCUGCACAGGUGUCAACUCAGGCCAGACCUGGCGUCAGGUGUGAAUAUCUGGACCCAGGGCUCGCCCAUCUGCUGUGAAGGCGGGGCUCCUCUCAUUUGCAUAACGCCCUCCGCCCCUCAUUUGCAUGACCUCUUCCCGCUUGGACCCUGCCGCCGGGGCAGGUAGGGACGACCUACCACCACGUUCCUAUAAAAGGGGUCCGGGUUCCGCUCAAUUUCCAAACGCAGCAGAGCCGGCCAAGUAAUCCAUCAAGACCAGUGAGAAAUAAUUAAGCUCGCUGGCUAGCCCGGCUCUGCCUACGCCAAACCCAGGACGCUCCGGGACAACGGGACUCUGCAUUUCCUCGGGGCGGAGCCGCCGGGCUCACAUUUGACGGUACCCCCAAGGUUCCAGCGACCUCAGCCCGCCCGCCCAGCCUGUCGACAGGAUGACUCUGUGGAACGGUGUGCUGCCGUUCUACCCCCAGUCCCCGCAUGCGGCCGGCUUCUGCGUGCCUCUGCUCAUAGUCAUUGUGGUCUUCUUGGCCUUUGCUGGCAGCUUCCUGCUCAUUUUGCCUGGGAUCCGCGGUCACUCGCGCUGGUUCUGGUUGGUGAGAGUUCUUCUCAGUCUGUUCAUAGGCGGAGAAAUCGUGGCUGUGCACUUCAGCGGAGAAUGGUUCGUGGGUGGAGUGUUCACCAACACAUCCUACAAAGCCUUCAGCACGGAGCAAGUGCAAGGCCACGUGGGUCUGCACGUGGGCCUGGUGGGUGUCAAUAUCACGCUCAAAGGGACUCCCGUGAAGCAGUUGAAUGAGACCAUUGACUACAACGAGCAGUUCACCUGGCGUCUGGACGAGGACUACACCAAGGAGUACGUGGACGCGCUGCAGAAGGGACUGCCGGACCCGGUGCUGUACCUAGCGGAGAAGUUCACGCCGAGCAGCCCUUGCGGCCUGUACCAAAAGUACCACUUGGCGGGCCACUACGCCUCGGCCACGCUGUGGGUGGCCUUCUGCUUCUGGGUCAUCACCAACGCGCUGCUCUCCAUGCCGGCCCCGCUCUACGGCGGCCUGGGGCUCCUGGUCACUGGCGCCUUCGUCCUCUUCUCUAUCUUCGCCUUCGCUUCCAUCUCCACCGUGCCGGUCUGCCCGCUCCGCCUCGGCUCCUCGGCAUUCGUCACGUACUACGGCGCCGCCUUUUGGGUCACGUUGGCAACAGGCAUCCUGUGCCUGCUGCUCGGAGGGGCAGUGGUGUGUGCCCACUACGCUGCACCCAGCGCUCUCCGCACCUUUCUGGACCUCCGCGACCUCGACUACAGCGGCCUGGAGAAAGAAGGCGGCGCGCCCCUCUUCCUCAGCAACGCUCUGGACAAGCAGUUCCAGCCCCCGGACUUCAGCAUCACCACAAACCUGUGAAGGGGACGCCACUCCGGACUCCCACCCCGCCUCGGGGCCACGCGGGCCGGGAACCAGUGCCCGCCAGCACCCAGGGAUAGGCAGGCAGCGUCUGACGGUGCCGCACGCGCCAGGGAUGCGGGGUGAACUGUGAAUAAACUUUUUUGUUUAAAAAACAAAACUCUCCCACCCCACCCCCACUACUUUCCAAGGCUUCUCUGGGCUGUCGGAGAGCCACGCCCUCGGCCGGCUUCGCUGGGCUGACCACAGCCUAGUAUUGCUGGUUCUCUCUCUGCGCUGCUGCGGCUCCAGAAACUUCCUCUCGGCAAAAGCCAGAGUAACCCGGGAAGGCGCUGGGAGAGAGCGCCCUCUAGUGAGGCCGGAGGGGAACGACUGUAACCAGCAGCCUCUGAGCCGCCCCAGAGAGUGUUGGCUCUCAUCCUCCUAGCUGAGUGGAGUUGAU